AUGGGCUGCGCGCAAGCCAAGCCGUCCCAGGGCUCCCCCGCCCGCAGCCACGACCGCGGCAUCGACCACCUCAUGCGCUGCAACGGCUACACGCCCGCCGCCGCCCGCCGCCUCACCGACCCCCUUCCCACCACCGCCGCCGUCGCCGUCGCGAGGGACCAGGCCGACGCCAAGGAUGGCGGUCCUGCGGGGACGGAGACCACGGAUGCCUCGGGGACGUCGAACCUGACGGCGGCCACGGUUUCCUCUCCGUCGCUGUCGAUGCCGCCGCAGGCGCCGGCGCCGCGGCGGGAGGACGACCGCGAGCAGCUGGUUGACGGGUGGCCGACGUGGCUGCUGGAGAACGUGCCGCGCGAGGCGCUGCAGGGGAUCGUGCCCCGGAGCGCCGACGCGUUCGACAAGAUCGAGAAGGUCGGGCAGGGCACGUACAGCAACGUGUACAAGGCCCGCGAGCGCGGCGCCGACGGCCGGCUCGUCGCGCUGAAGAAGGUCCGGCUCGACACCAUGGAGCCGGAGAGCGUCAAGUUCAUGGCCCGGGAGAUGCGCAUCCUCCGCCGGCUCGACCACCCCAACAUCAUCCGCCUCGACGGCAUCGCCACCUCCCGCAUGCACCGCAGCAUCUACCUCGUCUUCGACUUCAUGUACUCCGACCUCGCCCGCCUCAUCGCCCGCCCUCUCACCCUGCCACAGAUCAAGUGCUACAUGCAGCAGCUGCUGAUGGGGCUGCAGCACUGCCACGAGCGCAACAUCCUGCACCGGGACAUCAAGGGCUCCAACCUGCUGAUCGACCGCGCCGGCGUGCUCAAGAUCGGCGACCUGGGCCUGGCCAACUACUUCGGGCCCGGGCGGCGCCGCCCGCUGACAAGCCGCGUGGUCACCCUCUGGUACCGCGCGCCGGAGCUGCUGCUAGGCGCAACCGACUACGGCGUGGGCAUCGACCUCUGGAGCGCCGGCUGCCUGCUGGCCGAGAUGUUCUCUGGCAAGCCGCUGAUGCCCGGCAGGACGGAGGUGGAGCAGCUCUUCAAGAUCUUCAGCCUCUGCGGGUCGCCGCCCGACGAGUACUGGCGGAGGAUGAAGCUCCCGGCCACCAUCCGCCCGCCCAAGACGUACAAGUCGACGAUGGCGGAGAAGUUCGCCGGCAUGCCGCCGUCGGCGCUCCCCCUGCUGACCACGCUCCUCGCCCUCGACCCCGCAGCCCGCGGCACCGCCGCCCAGGCUCUCCAGAGCGACUUCUUCAGCACGCCGCCGUUGGCCUGCGACGUCGCCGACCUCCCCGUCGUGUACAAGGAGGAGGCUGCUGAUCCGACCACCCCCCGCGACGGAAGGAAGUCCAAGCCGAGGCAGCGUUCCCAGAAGCGAAGGAACAGCGGCAAGCAGAGAGCUGAUCGGGAGCUCUCCAAUGGCGAAUCUCCAAAUCCAAACAAAGAGGAGGAGAACAGGGCCGAGCCUCUGUGCCUAACUAUAAAAUUGGGCCCACCAUUAGAAGAACGACGUCCGGCAUCAAGAGACGCACAGGGCCUGGCCGAGAGCGCCAUCGUCAGGGCCUCCACCAGCACGACCUCACAACGGUUUUCAGUGAGCCCAAUUCGGUCGUUCCUACCUGCGGAUGAGCCGCAGCUGCGGAGGGCCAACACCUACCACGCCACCGGCGACGAGCACAAGGGCGGCGCCAUCGCGCACCGCGGCGUGGCGAUCAGAUCAGCGACGUGAUCGAGGACGU